GGGUCCUCCUCCUCCUCCCCGCUGUGCGCGGGAGGAAGGCGGACCCGACACCGGCCAGCGGCGGAACCAGCACGUUCCGUCGGGUUCCCAAGUGAGGGCUCUGGCAUCAGGUGGCCCUUUUCUCCCUGCUCACUGGUCUCCUUGGCCUAGGGUGCCUUCCAUCUCAUCGCUGCCAUGAAGAUCGCCGUGAUUGGGCAGAGCCUGUUUGGACAGGAGGUUUACUGCCAGCUGAGGAAGGAAGGUCAUGACGUGGUGGGUGUGUUCACCAUCCCAGACAAGGAUGGGAAAGCAGACCCACUGGGCCUGGCAGCUGAGAAGGACGGAGUACCUGUGUUCAAGAUCCCCCGGUGGCGGGCUCGGGGACAAGUCCUACCUGAUGUGUUGGCCAAAUACCAGGCCCUGGGUGCUGAGCUGAACGUCCUGCCCUUCUGCAGCCAGUUCAUUCCCAUGGAGGUCAUCAAUGGCCCCCGGCAUGGCUCCAUCAUCUACCACCCAUCCCUGCUCCCCAGACACCGUGGGGCGUCAGCCAUCAACUGGACUCUUAUUCAUGGGGAUAAGAAGGCUGGCUUUACCAUCUUCUGGGCUGACGAUGGUCUGGACACUGGGGACCUUCUACUCCAGAAGGAGUGUGAGGUGCUCCCAGACGACACUGUGAGCACUCUGUACAACCGCUUCCUCUUCCCGGAGGGCAUCAAAGGGAUGGUGGAGGCUGUGCGGCUGAUUGCUGAGGGCACAGCCAUCCGCCUCCCUCAGCCUGAGGAAGGGGCCACCUACGAGGGCAUUCAGAAGAAGGAGACAGCCAGGAUCAAUUGGGACCAGCCAGCAGAGGCCAUUCACAACUGGAUCCGUGGGAAUGACAAGGUGCCUGGUGCCUGGACAGAGGCCUGUGAGCAGAAGCUGACGUUUUUCAACUCAACACUGAACACUUCCGGCCUGGUCCCCGAGGGAGAAGCUUUGCCCAUUCCAGGAGCCCAUCGACCAGGUGUGGUCACCAAAGCAGGACUCAUCCUUUUCGGGAAUGAUGACAGAAUGUUGCUGGUAAAGAACAUCCAGUUGGAGGAUGGCAGGAUGCUCCCGGCCUCACAGUUCUUCAAGGGAGGUUCCAGCAGUGCCCUUGAGCUGACAGAGGCGGAGCUGGCCACUGCAGAGGCUGUGCGGAGUGCUUGGCAACGAAUCCUGCCCAACGUCCUGGAGGUGGAGGACUCCACAGAUUUCUUCAAAUCGGGGGCUGCAUCAGUGGAUGUUGUGAGGCUGGUGGAGGAAGUGAAGGAAUUGUGUGAUGGCCUGGAGUUAGAAAAUGAAGAUGUUUACAUGGCCACCACCUUUGGGGACUUCAUCCAACUUCUAGUGAGGAAACUGCGAGGGGAGGAUGAAGAGAACGAGUGUGUCAUUGACUACGUGGAAAAGACGGUGAACAAGCUGGUUGUCCGAAUGCCCCACCAGCUCUUCAUCGGGGGCAAAUUCACUGAUGGCGAGGGUACCGAGACUUACGAUAACAUCAACCCCACAGAUGGAAGUGUCAUUUGCCAGGUAUCCCUGGCCCAAGUCAGUGAUGUUGACAAGGCAGUGGCAGCAGCCAAGGAUGCCUUUGAGAAUGGACUGUGGGGGAAGAUAAAUGCACGUGACCGGGGCCGACUCCUCUACAGGUUGGCAGACCUCAUGGAACAACACCAGGAAGAGCUAGCCACCAUUGAAAGCCUGGACGCGGGCGCUGUCUACACACUGGCCCUGAAGACACACGUGGGCAUGUCCAUCCAGACCUUCCGCUACUUUGCUGGCUGGUGUGACAAGAUCCAGGGCUCCACCAUCCCCAUCAACCAGGCCAGACCCAACCGCAACCUGACCUUGACCAAGAAGGAGCCCAUAGGAGUCUGUGGCAUUAUCAUCCCUUGGAACUAUCCCCUGAUGAUGCUGUCCUGGAAGACAGCUGCCUGCCUGGCCGCUGGGAACACGGUGGUGAUCAAGCCUGCCCAGGUGACCCCACUCACAGCCUUGAAGUUUGCAGAGCUGACCUUGAAAGCCGGCAUUCCCAAGGGCGUGGUCAACAUCCUGCCAGGAGCUGGCUCCCCGAUCGGCCAGCGACUCUUAGACCAUCCAGAUGUGAGGAAAAUUGGGUUCACGGGCUCCACGGAGGUUGGAAAGCACAUCAUGAAGAGCUGUGCCCUGAGUAACUUGAAGAAGGUCUCCCUGGAGCUGGGUGGGAAGUCGCCCCUCAUCAUUUUUGCUGACUGUGACCUCAGCAAGGCGGUGCAGAUGGGCAUGAGCUCAGUUUUCUUCAACAAAGGGGAGAACUGCAUUGCGGCAGGGCGGCUCUUUGUGGAAGACUCCAUCCACGACCAGUUUGUGCAGAAGGUGGUGGAGGAGGUGGGGAAGAUGAAGAUUGGCGACCCUCUGGACAGAUCCACCAACCAUGGCCCACAGAAUCAUGAGGCCCACCUGAAGAAACUGUUGGAAUAUUGCCAGCGUGGAGUGAAGGAAGGGGCCACGCUGGUCUGCGGUGGUCAUCAAGUCCCUCGGCCAGGUUUCUUCUUUGAGCCAACCGUCUUCACAGACGUGGAGGACCACAUGUUCAUCGCCAAGGAGGAGUCCUUUGGGCCCAUCAUGAUCAUCUCUCGGUUUGCUGAUGGGGAUAUGGACGCCGUGCUGUCUCGAGCCAGUGCCACGGAAUUUGGCCUGGCCUCUGGUGUCUUCACCAGGGACAUCAGCAAAGCUCUGUACGUGAGCGACAAGCUGCAGGCCGGCACCGUGUUCGUCAACACGUACAACAAGACUGACGUGGCCGCGCCUUUCGGAGGAUUCAAGCAGUCUGGAUUUGGCAAAGACCUGGGGGAGGAGGCCCUGAAUGAGUACCUUCGGGUCAAGACGGUGACCUUUGAGUACUGAGACCAGGUCUCCCAGAGCAUCAGCCCCUCCCUGGAGCUUCAGUACCCUCCUGUCCCCAGCCGGGAACAUAGCAUCCUCUCCUUCAAGCCACUGGAGUCCUUUCAGCCUGCGCCCCGUCACCAACAGGACACCCUCCGGACAAUCAGAAGUGGCCCUGGGUGGCCUGAAGUGGUGUACAGGGCAAAUAAAGGUCAUGAACAGAA